CCCAAGUCGGCUUUGCUUAUCGCUUAUCGGCGACAAAAAAAAAAAACCUUCGGUCUGCACCGACAGCUGCUGCAAUCCCUGCGCCCAGGAGAGAGUCUGGCUAGUCGAGAAACGAGUUUAGGAGUCGGUUACAUCGCAACGUCGAUGCCCAUCCGUCCACUCGCCCAACACACAAUACCAUGGGAAUCCAAAAGAAGCACGGCAAAGGCCGUCUCGAUAAGUGGUAUAAGCUCGCCAAGGAGAAGGGAUACCGCGCUCGUGCCGCCUUCAAGUUGAUCCAGCUCAACAAGAAAUAUGGCUUCCUCGAAAAGAGCAAGGUCGUGCUCGAUCUCUGCGCCGCACCCGGCUCGUGGUGUCAGGUCGCCGCCGAGACCAUGCCGGCGAACAGCAUCAUCAUCGGUGUCGAUCUCAGCCCCAUCAAGGCCAUCCCCAAGGUCAUCACCUUCCAGAGCGACAUCACAACCGAGAAAUGCCGAGCCACGAUCCGCGGUCAUCUGAAGACAUGGAAGGCCGAUACCGUUCUCCACGAUGGUGCACCCAACGUCGGUACUGCCUGGGUGCAGGAUUCGUUCAACCAGGCUGAGUUGGUGCUGCAUUCGUUGAAGCUGGCAACCGAGUUUCUGAUUGAAGGAGGCACGUUCGUGACCAAAGUCUUCAGAUCCAAGGAUUACAACCCGCUGUUGUGGGUCUUCAAGCAGCUCUUCACCAAGGUCGAGGCCACAAAGCCCCCGUCGUCGCGAAAUGUAUCCGCCGAGAUUUUCGUUGUUUGCCGUGGGUUCAAAGCCCCUAAGCGCAUCGACCCGCGGUUGCUCGACCCGCGCUCUGUCUUCGAGGACCUUGCAGACCCGACCCCCAACAACGAGGCCAAGGUGUACAACCCAGAAGUAAAAAAGAGAAAGAGAGAGGGUUACGAAGAGGGAGACUACCUACAAUUCAAGGAAAUUCCCGCCAGCGAGUUUAUCCAGACCGUAGAUCCAAUCGCUAUCCUCGGUCAAUACAACAAACUUGCCUUUGAGCAGCCAAAGAAUGGAGAUGUCGCCCUUGCAGCUCUAGACAAGCUGCCAGAGACAACCGAGGAAAUCCGCAACUGCUGCGCCGACCUAAAAGUUCUGGGAAGAAAGGAAUUCAAGAUGCUCCUGAAAUGGCGCCUAAAGGUGCGGGAAAUCUUUGGGUUCGCCACAAAGAAAACUGAAGCGGAUGCAGAGGCCGAGGAAGUGGCAGAAGUCGAACCAAUGGACGAGGAGCUUAAGAUUCAAGAAGAUCUCCAGAGGAUGAAGGACAAGGAGGCAUCCAAGAAAAAGAGGGAGCGGAGACGGGAGAACGAGAAGAAGCAGAAAGACAUUGUGCGCAUGCAGAUGCACAUGGAGGCGCCCAUGGACAUUGGCAAGGAGCAAGAAGGCCCCAGGGGCGAAGGCGCCAUGUUCCGCCUCAAGACAAUUGACCAAACAGCUGCCCUGAAGCGGAUAUCCAAGGGCAAGAUGGCCGUCCUUACCGAGGCCGACGAGAGGAGAGACUGGGAUUCUGGCAUUGGCUCCUCGGGCGAAACGGACGACGAAAGUGACGAGGAAGAGGAUCGAUUGGAGCGGGAACUCGACAACUUGUACGACGGCUACCAGUCGCGGAAGAUGGAAUCCGAUGCGAAGCUCCGGGCUAAGAAGUCCAGGAAAGAGCACAAGGACGAAGACUGGGAAGGCGUCUCGGCGAGUGAGCACGACAGCAACGACGAAGACGACGACGAAAAGUUCGAGGAAGAAAGUUCCGACGAAUCAGAUUCAGGGGAGCCUGCCGAUUCUGGCAAGCCGCUUAUCCGAGAUCUGGACAAUUCUACAGACGCAAGCGGACUAUCCAAACGGGCAAGGGGAUUCUUCGCUCAAGAUAUCUUCAAAGACAUCGCUAGCCUAAUGGACAUCUCAGAAGACGAGGAAAAGAAGGAAGAAAGCGAAACGAAACCCGAGGCCAAGAAGGCCCCCCGUGAAGCACCUUCGUCAGCCAAGGAUGAAGAGCUUGUGUCCCGCCCCAAGCGUAGACGUGAUGUGCCUCCCAAGGCUGAGGAAGACGAUUUUAUGGAUGUCAAUCAGGCAGAAGAAGAGGACGAUGAAUCAGACUGGGAAGAGAAAGAGAAGCGCACAAAGGACGGCAGGCCUAAUAUCGACAUCAUCACGGCAGAAGCCAUGACGCUUGCCCACCAGUUAGCAUCUGGCCAGAAAACGAGCUACGAUCUGAUGGACGAGGGCUUUAACAAGUAUGCCUUCAAGGACCGCGACGGCCUUCCGGAGUGGUUCAUAGACGAUGAAGGGAAGCACGACCGGCCACACAAGCCCAUCAGCAAGGCUGCGGCCGAUGCGAUCAAGGAAAAGAUGCGAGCCUACAACGCCAGGCCCAUCAAGAAGGUGGCAGAAGCGCGGGCACGGAAAAAGUUCAAGCAGGCGCAGAAGAUCGAGAAGCUCAAGAAGAAGGCCGACAUAUUAGCAGGAGACGACGGCAUGUCGGAGAAGGACAAGGCCUCCAGCAUCGCCAAGCUCAUCUCACAGGCGGCCCGGAAGAAGAAGCGGCAGCCGCUCAAGGUGGUCAAGGCACAAGGCACAAACCGCGGUAUCUCGGGCAGACCCAAGGGAGUCAAGGGACGGUACAAGAUGGUGGACCCGCGGAUGAAGAAAGAGAUGCGCGCGCUGAAGAGAGUCGCCAACAAGAAAAAGAGGUAGACGUCUACGAGCAGGCGGGCUUGGUGGCAUAUGUUUAUCUAGGAGCCAUACUUGAUGUCAUUUUCUGGCAGCCCUACCUAUACCCGGUGAUAGGAGUAGAUAUGAAAGACGGGGCGCUAGAUUCCGUGUCCGGGAUUCUGUCUACCACAUCGCUUUUGGCUGUUGACUGACCGUAUAAACAUGCUGAGUGGGUAAAGCGGGCCCCUGAAGUCCAUGUCGUACCUGGUUCGUGCGCGUCAGCAGAGUAGGUAAGGUACCUCUUAGAUAGGGGCACAAAAAGGGGGCAGGGGUAUGACAGGUGAUGUUAUGGUGAUGUUGAUGAUGAUAUUUACCAGUAAUUCACAGCCACACAUAUCCCCUCGGCGGAGCACGACUGAGACACUUUGUGGUACCUGAGGGUUGUUGUAGCGUUGUUGCGUCAUG